CAAUGGCCGGCCCCCGCGGCUAGUGGAGCCCGUUUGUUCCGCCCGCGUCGUGCCUGAAGCCGGAGCCUGGGAGCAGCGGAAGGGCCGAGAGACGCCUUCUCCGCGCCGUCCCGACCCCUGCGAAGCCGUGGCCCCCUCUCUGCCCUCGAGCUGAGAACCGUGGGUACUGAUGGAUGUGGCCGAGAGCCCUGACCGGGACCCUCGCUCUCCGGAGGAUGAAGAAGAAGAGCAGCAGGGGCUCUCGGACGAUGACAUCCUGAGGGAAAGCGGGUCUGAGCAGGAUCUGGACGCGGCGGGUGGGAGGGCUUCCGACUUGGAGGAUGAGGAGAGCGUGGCCCCAGGACUGAGCCAGGAGGACGAGGAGAGUCGCUCCGACGAGGACGACCGGGACUCUGAGGCUCAGGAGCUGAGCAGGGGCCCGGCCAGCCCCCCGCGAGCCGAGGGGGACCGUGCCAGCGACCUGAGGGACGAGGCCUCGUCAGUCACCAGGGACCUGGAUGAGCAUGAGCUAGAUUACGAUGAGGAGGUGCCCGAGGAGCCGGCCCCCGGCGCGCAGGAGGACGACGCUGAGAAGGCUGGGCCCGAGGAUGAUGAUGAGCACGCAGAGGGGGCUCCUGGGGAGGAGGGGAAGGCAGGGGUCCGCACCGUGGAGGACAAGGAGCCCCCGGAGGCUGCCAAGGAGAAGAGGAAAGAGGAUGACGACGGGGAGAUCGACGACGGGGAGAUUGAUGACGAUGACCUGGAGGAGGGUGAGGUGAAGGACCCCAGUGACAGGAAGGUGAGACCUCGUCCCACCUGCCGAUUCUUCAUGAAAGAUGUUGUGACACCAUUGUCCACUCCUCCACCAAUAUCAAAUUCCAUACCAUUCAGAGGCCAGGUUAAAGGGAACUGCACCUGGGGCAUGAACUGCAGGUUCAUACACCCCGGAGUCAACGACAAGGGCAACUACUCCCUCAUCACCAAGGCCGAGCCCUUCCCACCCAAUGGGGCCCCGCCGCUCGGACCGCACCCCCUGAUGCCUGCCAACCCAUGGGGCGGGCCUGUAGUAGAUGAAAUUUUGCCUCCACCCCCUCCAGAACCCCCCACAGAGAGUGCCUGGGAACGAGGGCUCCGGCACGCAAAGGAGGUUUUGAAAAAAGCAACCAUUCGAAAAGAACAGGAGCCUGAUUUUGAAGAGAAAAGGUUUACAGUGACCAUUGGUGAAGAUGAGCGAGAGUUUGACAAAGAAAAUGAAGUUUUCCGAGACUGGAACUAUCGGAUCACAAGAGAUGUCAGAGAUACAGCACUUGAGCCUUACGCAGACCCUUACUACGACUACGAGAUAGAGCGCUUCUGGCGUGGCGGGCAGUAUGAGAACUUCCGGGUGCAGUACACAGAGGCCGAGCCGUACCAUAACUACCGGGAAAGAGAGCGAGAACGGGAGCGGGAGAACAGACAGCGCGAGCGGGAGCGCGAGCGGGAGCGGGACCGGGAGCGGGAGCGGCGCCAGCGGGAGCGCGAGCGCGAGCGGGAGCGCGAGCGGGACAAGGAGCGGCAGCGGCGGAAGGAGGAGUGGGAGCGCGAGCGCGCCAAGCGGGAUGAGAAGGACAGGCUGCACCGCGACCGCGACAAGGAGCGUGAGAAGGACAAGGAGAAGCCCAAGGCCCGCUCCCCCCAGCCACCCAGCCGUCAAGCUGAGCCACCAAAGAAGGAGACUGCGUCCACAGGACCCCAGGUGAAGAGAGCCGACGAGUGGAAGGACCCCUGGCGCCGGUCCAAGUCUCCGAAGAAGAAACUCGGGGUGUCGGUUUCCCCUAGCCGUGCUCGACGGCGUCGAAAAACAUCAGCCUCGUCGGCCUCUGCUUCCAAUUCCUCCAGGUCCUCCUCACGGUCGUCGUCCUAUUCCGGCUCCGGCUCAUCCCGCUCCCGGUCCCGCUCCUCGUCCUACAGCUCCUACUCCAGCCGGUCCUCCAGGCACAGCUCGUUCUCAGGCAGCCGGUCCAGGUCCCGGUCCUUCUCCUCGUCCCCAUCGCCGUCCCCGACGCCCUCCCCACACAGACCUGCCAGAGCCAAGGGGGAGCCAGUUCCGCCUCCCACGAAAGCAGGAGAGAAGCUGCUGAAGAAGCCAGCCCCUCCUCCAGCCAUACCGCAGGCCCCCAAAACCACCACCACUGCCCCCGAGCCCACCAAGCCCGGCGGAGACCCUCGGGAAGCCAGGAGGAGGGAGCGGCAGGCCAGGAGCCCCCCCAGGAGGCGCACGGUCAGUGGCAGCGGCAGCGGCAGCAGCUACAGUGGCUCCAGUUCCAGAUCCAGAUCGCUGAGCGUGAGCAGUGUGUCCUCGGUGUCCAGUGCCACGUCGAGCAGCAGCUCAGCACACAGCGUGGACUCGGAUGACAUGUACGCAGACCUGGCCAGCCCUGUGUCCUCGGCUAGCUCACGGUCCCCCACCCCAGCCCAGACCAAGAAGGAGAAAGGAAAAUCUAAGAAGGAAGACGGUGUGAAAGUGGAUAAGCGGAAACGGGACUCGUCUACACAGCCGCCUAAACCCUCAAGAACCGCCGCAGGCGGCAGGUCCUCCCAGCAGCCCACCACCCCCCAGCAGGCGCCACCAGGCCAGGCCCCAGCGGCCGCAUUCAUUGCCCACAAGGAGAUCAAGUUGACGCUGCUGAACAAGGCCACUGACAAGGGGAGCAGGAAGCGCUACGAGCCCUCAGACAAGGACAGGCAGAGCCCACCGCCAGCCAAGCGCGCCAACCUCUCCCCAGACCGAGGUUCUCGGGACCGGAAGUCAGGUGGGAGAGUCAGUUCCCCGAAGCCAGAGCGGCAGAGGGGCCAGAAUUCCAAGGCCCCCUCGGCCCCGACAGACAGGAAGCGCCCGCUGUCACCCCAGUCCAAGAGCUCCAGCAAGGUCACCAGCGUGCCUGGCAAAGCCUCGGACACCAGCACCACCGCCACUGCGGGCACCAAGUCAGGGAAGGCCAGCACACUGUCACGGCGGGAGGAGCUGCUGAAGCAGCUCAAGGCUGUGGAGGACGCCAUCGCCCGCAAGCGGGCCAAGAUCCCCGGGAAGGUGUAGCCCGGGCUCUGCUCCCCGAGGCAGGGACUCACCUGUUUUUAUAAAUAGGGUAAGCGCAGCCAUUUUGGAUUUUGCAGUUAAUGUCUUAUUUUGGCUGUGAUUCUUUUUAAAAAUUAAAAAAAAAAAAAAGUUUCUCAGCUGGAAAAGAAGCCACACAUGUAAUGAAGAUGACGCUGAAUCCCAGACUGAACCAACCCCUUCCCAGAGCAGAAGUCCCGCGAGCCCGGUGGGUGAGGGCGCGGCGGCAGCGAGGACCAGCUCCGAUUUUAUGUCAGUUACGAGUCCUCCCUCUGCUCAGGCAGGCGUCCCCAGCUCUGCCCUCCUCCUGUAACCGGGAACACUGAGUGCUGCCGAGCGUCUUCCCCACCCCGCCAUCCCCAGGAUCAAAAAUAUAUAUAUUCUUGACUGAAGUCUGAUUGGGAAAUACUCCUGUCUUUUAUUUUAAGCAUCAAAUUGUUUUAGUUGAUUUAAAAAGGAAAAAAAGAAAAACACAGAAAAGACUGAAAAAAAAAAACAGGCCAAGGGUAUUGUUGGGCAUCUGUCAGAUGUGGAG